AUGCUCCUUCCAACUGCCCUCGAGGCUCAGGUCGAAAGCUUCAUUUCACGCCUCAAGAGACGUCAAGUGAUUGGCUCGUAUGAAGUAGCCAAAGAAACCGCAGUUUUACUGCGACAAGCAGUCUCAACCACUCGAUGGAAAGAUGUCAAUUCUAUCAUUGAAACAAUUACCGAACUUGGUGGAAGGCUUGCCAUGGCCCAACCCAAAGAGUUGGCAGUUGGUAACAUUGUCCGACGCGUUCUCAAAGUUAUUCGUGAAGUGGCCCAAGGUGAAUUGGAAACAGACGGUGUUGCAGAUGUGGAUGAAAAUGAAAGUGAAGGAUACACUUCUGAAGACGAAGACGUCCCUGUGAAGGGCAAAAUUCAGUCCUCAACCAGCAGUAUUGUCAGUUCGCUCAACGAACGCCCUCCUUUGAUCACCCAAUCAUCAAUGUUUAGACUACUGGCUGAUGUUGGGCCAAAGAGUGACGAGAAAAAGGCAAACUACAACUUGAAACCAUUGAUUAUUCAGGAAAUCAACGAAGAGAUUAUUGCAGAUCUUGAGAGUGUCUAUAAGGGGAUCGCUGAUCAGGCUGUGGAUUAUAUUCAUGCAAAUGAAGUGAUCAUGACAAUUGGUAGAUCACGAACAGUAGAAAAGUUCCUCCGCAGAGCAGCAGAACACCGCAAGUUCCAAGUCAUUGUGGCCGAGACUUCUCCUACUUAUCAAGGACACCAAAUGGCUAUUGCACUUUCAGCUGCUGGAAUUGACACUACAGUUAUUGUGGACUCUGCAAUCUUUGCUGCUAUGCCAAGAGUCAACAAAGUUGUUUUGAGUGCUCACGCUGUACUUGCCAAUGGAGGUCUUGUGUCUGUGACUGGAUCUCAUUUGUUGGCUGCUGCUGCCAAGCACCAUUCAACACCUGUGCUUGUCUGCACUGCUCUUUACAAGCUUUCUCCAUUAUUUGCUUAUGAUGCCGAUGCAUUCAACGUCACUGUUGCACCCAACAGUGUUCUUGAUUUCCAACAAGGUUCUUUGGUAGACAAGGUAGCAGUAUCCAAUCCAUACUAUGACUAUGUCUCUCCAGAACUUGUCAGUCUGUUUGUUCACAACUUAGGAUCAGCACCACCAACAUAUGUUUACAGACUCAUCAACGACAAUUACGACCCAGAAGACACUACGUUAUAA